AUGGCUUCCACCUAUACCUACUCUUUUUUUCCUAUCUCCAAAUCGGUUGGAAUCCAUGCCUCCGCUCAAAAAUAUCGAGAAUUGCGCUUAAAAGCAUUGAAAACCUCACCUGGGUCUUUCUCAUCUACCUACGAGAUUGAAGCCGCUUUCAGUGAUGCAGAUUGGGUCGAUCGCCUCACUGUCCUCGAUCGAGAAGUUUUCAUUUGUGCCGCUACGCCAUCCGGCCGUGAUCCCUCAUGCUCAGAUGACACACAAUGGAUCGGCCAAGUCACUCUGCGAGGGCCAUCAUCUAGGGCUGACUUCGAAUUGCCCGCGGAAGCUGGCCAGCCGCCUCAGAGAUCUGAUGAAGAGGAAGAAAGAUGGCAAAUGCUGAGCUUGUUUACUCUUCCGGAAUAUCGCGGCCGUGGACUUGGAAGCAAACUUUGCCAGGCGGCCAUUGAUUAUCUUCGAUCAUAUCGUUCAUCUCCUCGGGAUGUUCAAGUACGGCUCAUUGUUAAGGCGGGAAAUGAUGUUACCGUGGAAUUGUACCGGCGACUUGGGUUUGUCCACGCCGGGAGGGCGACUCUUGUUGAGGCCCUUAUCGCAAAUGGGGAUGAGCAUCUUAUCCCGAAAGAUCAGGCUCGGAACUCGGCAAUGUACAUACAAAGGCAAGGGUUGAUUAUGAUAUCGCGGAUGUCACGUUCAUAA